ACUGCUUCCGGGUGAGGGAGUGAGAUAAAAAAAAAUCAACGAACGGUUUCUCCGAGAGAGCGGGAAAAAGACAGGCCGAGAUGGAGGAGGCGCCGCCGCGGCCGCCGGCUGCUGCUUCCCCUCGGGACUGCCGGGUGCGGUGCUGCUCGCGGCUCCAGACGGCCGAGGUCCUGGACUACUGCGAGCCUUUCGUGCGGAAGCUCGGGGAGGGCCAGCCGGUGGAGGCAGAGAGCUUGGAGCAGGCCGUGGGGGAAGCGAUCUGGAACUUCAAAACAGCUGUACAAGAGAAUAUUACUGUUAACGGACUCCCAUGGCAGGAGUCAUCAGAUGAUCCUCAAAAUGAUACGGAUAUCAAACUCCUUGAAGAUCAGCUUGAUGAGGUAAUAGUGAAGGUGGCUUCCAAACGCAAUCAGUAUCCCAGAGAAAUUCAAGUGCAUGUGGUCCAAGCACUUAAAAGAAAGCAAGAGUUAUUGGGCUGCUGUCGACCUCUUGCGAAUCAUCAAGAGAUAAAAGCAGAACCUUCUCAAGAUUCUCGUAUGGCCGACUUGAGGCUUUCAACAAAAACUGCAUCCAGGGACAUUGGAGAGUCGUUUAAGGCUCUGUCAUCCCUUGUAGAAAAAGCAGAGGGUUUUUCAGAAGCAUUGUCUAUGCAACCAACUUUGGGAUUGUGCAAAUUCCAUCAAGAAAUCUGUUCUGGCUCAGAAGUGAAAAAGCCGGAUAACAUUGAAGUCAAAGAUCUUUUGUCGCAAGUGGAAGUCACACCCUUAGAAAGUGGUACCAGUAAUUCCUUGCUACUGAAAAAAAAGAGACGAACUCAUUCCCCACAGAAACGCUACCCACUUUGAGCAGGGGUAAUUAAUCUUGAUACAUGAAAACUUUUUUGUGGGGGACUACUGUGUAGUCUCCCCUGCCUCCAAAUCUGUCCACAUAAACAUAGACUGGUUCGCAAAAGCAUCAAUAGUGAUGUCCCCUGGAAUCCAUACCACCAAACCGCUUUUAUCUGGAAGUUACAGAGUUUUGUUGCUGGGUCCUCUCAAAUAGCUCUGAAUACUUCGCUGGACCAUUUCUUACUAAUUUUGAGCAUUGUUCUUUGAAACCUGAGGCUGCUAUACCUUUGCUGUAUUAUAGCAGACUGAUUCAGCUACAACAUCUUGAGUUGCUUACAACUUCUGAAUGGCUAGGAAUCUCCAGGGCAUAUGUGCAGGAUGCUGUGCUCUAGGAAAGCUUAGUUCAAGCAGAAGACUCCAUGCCAUGGGGAGCAAAGAAGAAAGCUAAAACAAAACAAAACCCUGCUGCAUGCAAAUGUCCAAGUAUUUUGGCAUUAAAGGGCUGGUGGAUCACAGCAACAGUUUGCAAUUGUGUAUCAGUAUUGCUUCAGAGUAUAGCUUAUUUGUACAUGUUUGUUGCGGACAUCAGGAGAUAGGUGCAGGCUGAACUGGGUGUUUGGUUGCAGAAUCAGUCUCCACUAAACAUCUAGGAAAUGAUGGGGAAGGGUCCAAUUUGGAGGUUGGCAGGAGUGUUUAAGCCAUUCCAUACCUGCUGCUUCUCCUCUGCAUUACUUUUCCCAACUGCUUUUCUGCUAGCUACAGAACUAAUGCAUUGAGGAUUCCUGCUGGGCAAAGGUUGUGUAGGGGACGAAUAGCAAGUGAGGAAAGGACUAAGGGUCUUCUGUUGCAUGUCCACCAUUUCUUCCUUCCAAAACUGUUUAAAUGUUUAAUGGCAAAGCAGGUACCAAAACAUAGGUCUGCCACCAGAUAUGUUGUUUUGUCCUGAAAAGUAACCUGGAGUAUAUGCAACAUUUGGAAUUGUAAGGGAAUUCUUGGCUUGCAUGUAUUGUGACAUCUUGAGACAGUGUUUAUUAUGGUGUGUAUACAUCUGGCGUUAACCUUCUUAUGGUCUCUCGAGUACUGCCCUCAUCUGUACCUCAAGAGUACAAGGUGUUAGGAUUACUAAUCCAUGUAGUAGAUUGAAAAUGUUUAGAUCACAAUAUAAAUCUAAAAUUCUCAUAAAUUAAUUUUGAGCCAUGCUGCUUUUCUGUCAAACUUGCCAGUACAUCUAUGUUUUCCGUUCUCACAAAAAGAGAUGGCCUCUUUUAGGGGUCUCUUUAAAACACAGUGCCUGAUCAUAGAUGGUGCUUGCUUGAUGGGCAGUUCGACUGCUGAUCUCCUAAAGCCAGAGGGGAAUGUACUUUUGAGUUGCAUCUGCCUACCGAAAGGAGUGGAGUGAGCUGAAACAGAAUUGUUUGUUCUGAAUCUGGCAGCGUAUAUUCAAGGAGAGCUGUAAAUUUUGAAUUUGAGGGUAUAGGACUUGUAUGCUGCUUGCUUUGCCACAGAAUGCUUGGUCAGUGUUUACAUUAGUAAAUACAUUACUACAUUCUUACGUAGCUUCCCCCCAUCUGUGAAAUUCCCACGGAAUUAAUAUAUGUACAGUUUAAAACAAGACUACAUUUGUGAGGCUUAUUUAUGAAGUACCUAAAUCAUUGUUAUUAUCAGGCAUUGUUUUCUUUUUUCCUAGUUGAAAUUUACUGAGAAUUUCAUUUUUUCCUGAAAACGGGGGGAAAUGCUUGCCUCAAUGUUAAUUAUUGUGGGGUGAAUCUAGCUAAGUCAUAUUUGGAGUAGACUCAUUAAAUCAGUGGAUUUAACCUAACCAUGUUUAUUUCAAUGGGUUUACUCUAAAUAUGACCUAGUUGAAGUCCAUCCUGUUUCUUUAAAAAAAUAUUCAUUAAACAGUCUGAAGCAAAGGACCAUGGCCAAAAUACUAGCAGUGAUAUCUAAAUGGUUGAUAGUCAUUAGACAUGUCCAUUAAUGUCAAUAGGUCUCCUCUUAAGUAUGUCUAACAUACUUAACAUCACCCUAUAAACAUAUUUAACUCUGCUCUUGAAAUUCUAUUUUUAAAGAUUGUGCUAGUGGAAUAGGCCUUGCACAGUGAACAUGUACACUUGCCUUGUCUCCUUUGUAAAAUGUAUAUUUGUAUAUAAAAUACAAUUUUUUGUAUACCACAUUCAUCAAAACGAAAUUUCUGGAUUUAUGCUCAAUUUUUGGCUUGCUUUACCAGUUUUUUUGCAAAGCAGUUCUGAGUCAUGUUUUCAAAACAGCUGCAAUUCAAGUGUGUCUGAAAUGCAAUACGCAGUAGGACUUGGUGCUACUUUUUUGCAUAAAGAAAUUGUCAUUAUAAAUUAGGAAAUGGAUAGUCAGGAUCCAAACAACUGCAAACUAGUUAUGCAUAUACAAGGUGGCUGGCUUGAGUUUCCCUUCCCUCAAUACCACAUGGAAAAUCUCUUUUGAAAUGGAGCUCUGUCCAAAACAGUUUUAGAGAACAGGGGUCUGCUGAUCAGAGCAAAACUUACCAAGCAUCCCUUAAAGUAGAUAUUAAAAACCCAGCCAUGUUUCAAAUCCACCCAUUAUAAAGUUUUACAUUUGGAAGAACUUUGAGCGUUUAAAACACACUUUCAGUACCGACCAGUCCUGUCAUUACACAGAUAAGAGUAGUAUGGUAGUUUCCCUCGUCGUAAUUUCUCUUGUCCGUAAUUUCAUUAAUAAUAUAUUGUUUUGUGUGGUUUGGUUUGGGACCUGUAUUUGGUAGUCUAGGUGCUUUUCUUUGUUCUUGUCUUUCUGCAAUUAGGAGAAAUAAUUACUUAUUCUGAUUCGGUUUCCAAAGUGCCUAAAACAAAACAACUUGGGGUCCAAUCGUAGUUGUGUGCCCAUUCAUUUUGAAAACGAGCAGUAUGACUUGUCAGUAUCUCUGACAUGAUGAAGAUGUCCCUCAUCUGUGCAUAAAAUUAGUAUUAUAACCUGAACAGUUCCAUCUCAUGAUACCAUCUGCACAGCACAAGACUUUUGGUUUCUCUUCACUUGGAUUAAUCUUAGAUCUCAGCCGUAGUCUCUAUAGAAGGUGUCAAAUGCCAUUGAGAAUAAUUCUAAUACAGUAAUAUUGAGUUCCUUUCAAGUGCCAACACAGUGAACAAGAAUUGGUUGAAUUACAUGUAGGUUUUCCAGUGGCUGUACAUGGAGACAUUCAGAAACGCCCCCACCUCAGUGUACCCAUUUCUCCAAAACAAACUAACAGAAACCUCCACAAUGCUUAAACAUGUUCAGGCAGUCCAGUGCUAUUUUUCUAGAAAAGCAGGUGCCAGAACUCACUAUGAACACCUCCCUCGUUAGAAUGGCAAUGGUGCCCAACUGAGAGGUGCCAAAAAUGAGUUACUGUGAGUUCCCUCUGGGAAAAAAAAGUCCUGACACAGUCUAUGCUUAAAGCAUGAAAAAGAAAAACAGGAAAACAGUCCCCAUCCUCACUAAUCCCCCUGGAUCACAACGCACUAUUUCACCAUGCAUCCCAAAGCAUCCAAGUAAGAAUUGGGCAGACCAAAGCCCUACACCACCUAACAGACUUCUACAAGCAUGGCAAUCCCAUACCAAAGUAGCUGUCUUAUUACAAAAGAAUUUCAGAAACAGACUGGAAAGAGAAGUUGCUGAACUGCAACUUAUUACCAAGCUUAAAACCAUGGAGAGACCUGGUCUGAAUAAAGACAUUGGAUUCUGAUCUCAUUAUACAUGAUAAAGCUAUUUUUAGCCAUCU